AUGGCCAACAGUUCUGGUGUGCAGCAGACACCCGUCGGGACCCUGUCACCACCUGAUUCCUCGUCAUCUGCAUCUCAGUCGCCGAUUUCCCCGACGCAUGGAGUCCGGAUUCCUCUCGCAGUCGCCGACGUGCCCGAUGCUGGCCUGGCUAACAGGAGCCCGGAGGACCCAGUCAAGGCCUCCGAGCUGAAGGACGACAGCGAUGGACGCUCGCGGGAAUCCGCUGUUCCUGCGGCAUGCUUGGCUUGCCGGAGCAAGCAUCUCAAGUGCGAUGGGCAGACCCCGUGCUCUCGAUGCGUCGGCUCCAACUUCGAGUGCAUCUACGUAGCAUCUCGACGCGGCUACAAGGGACCCCGUCGAGGACCAGCACACAACCCAAACAAACGCCAUGCCACAUCUCCUCCCGACACGGAUUCCAUCAGCAUUGCCGCGUCGGACUGCCCCAUGCUGCUCGGCGCCGGUGUCUCCAGCGCCAUGCCGGUGCCGCUGCCCUCGACCCCGAUGGCCAUGCAGAGUUUCAGCCCCAACGGCCUGCUCGCCGAUGCUCCGGCGACGCCUUUCCAAACCACCCCUGCCGUCACGCAGGCACAGCUGUAUCGGUCGUAUUGCAGCAUCAACGGCAUUGAGCCCGCCAACAUGACCCUCCAGGAGAGGUGCAUCGACUCCUUCUACCGUUACUUUCAUGGUUCACACCCCUUUGUGCUCCCCAAGGAGCACCUGCUUCGCUAUGCCAGUGAAAACUCCAUCGACCCACUCAUGGCCGUGAUCCGAUGGGUUGGAUCGCUUUUCAUCGAUGUGGGCAAAUCACGGCUGAGUCUGUACGAUGACGCCAUGCGUCUUCUCGACGACCUGACCCAACCUCAGGACGGCUUCAAGGUUCAGGCGAUGAUGCUGUCCAUCGUGGCGCUAGAUGGCUGCUGCCAAAAUGAAAAGGCGGCCCAGCUACUCGGCCGAACUGAGACGCUGGCUCUUUCGAUUGGCCUCAACAAGGCGCACUUUGCUACUCUAAACGGAAGAAGCAACCCAGUGCUAGAGGAGAGCUGGCGGCGAACAUGGUGGGAUCUGUUCAUCAUUGACGGCAUGGUUGCCGGUGUCCACAGGAUGACCAACUUUUUGCUUUAUGAUGUGCCGGCCGAAGUCAGCCUCCCUUGUGAGGAGCACCAGUAUUUGUCUGGGCACAUACCCCAACCCAUGAGCUUGGAAGAUUUAGAAGACCGAGAGUUUUCCGGUGAUGAGCGCCGCUUCUCCUCCUUUUCAUACCGAAUUCUCUGUGGCCGAAACCUAGGUAGAUUCAUGAGAACUCCUCCCAUUUACGGGCCAGAUGACGAGAACCUGGAGCGGAUCGAGAAUCUCCUUACCAACUGGCGACUUCACUUGCCCGAGGACAAGAGGGACUCACUUACGGCUGAUGGUAAGCUUGAUGAGAUGAUGUUCCAGGCACACAUGAUGAUGUACGCCACGUCCAUCCUUCUUCACCAGCCUCAUUCGCAGCUCGACUCUUCACCCUCCGAGAAAAUCACCUCUUGCGCACCAUACCAACUAGUCCCGGCGGGAGACCUUUUCAACAAGCACACGAAGCAUACGAUAACAUCAGCCAACGGAAUCAGCAAACUAAUUACACACCGAGUGCCGUUGCUGUCCCACACCCACUUCUUCACCUGCGUCAUUACCCUUUCUUCCAUUGUGCAUCUCAACAAGUGGGCACUCUUCUUCAUUCAACACGAUGAUGAUGACCUAAGGCAGCAGAUUCGCCUUAACAUCGGUGCCCUCAAUGAGCUGUCUGCCGUGUGGGGCGCCGCAGAGAGAGCACGAGGACAGGUAAAGGGUGUAGCGCAGGAGAUUUACCACAUUAAGAAGGAGCAGCAAAAGAAUCCGCAGUACUGGCUUGGAUUCACCCAGGAAGACGUCAUGAACAGCAUUGCCGCCGACGAAUCCAUCAUCAGCAACUUCGAUAGCAUGCCACCGGCCCAUCUACUAGGAUAA